CUCCGAAACAACCAACACCUAAAAAAAAAAAAGUGAGUUCUUUCUUUUGAGUCAAAACGCGUCUUUGUUUUUUGCGAUUUAUCGUAAUCCAUUUCUAUCUUCUGCUACAAGUUCGGGUCUUUUGGUUUGUGGUAUCGAUUCUUUUGGUUGUUUUUGAACUUUUGAUAUUGAGAAAUGGAAGUUUCAGUGAUUGGCAACUCUCAAACGAGAAUCUUCAGGGGAGCUGAAUUAGCUUACAAAGAGCUCGGAUUCAGGUUUGGGUCCGUUGUAAUCUCAGGCGAAUCGAGAAAUAAGGUUACUUUCUUGAGCCAAAGCUCGAGAUUGAAGGAUUUCUCCAUCCGGUGCUCUCCCAGAUCUGUCAAAUGCGAAGCCAUCGUCUCCGAUGGAGUCCCUUUUCUUAACUCCACUCCUAAAUCUAGAUCGCUCGAUAGCGUAAAAUUAUUCGUUGGGCUUCCACUAGAUACAGUUUCAGGCUGCAACAAUGUGAACCACUUGAAAGCCAUCACUGCUGGGCUCAAAGCUUUGAAGCUACUCGGUGUUGAAGGCAUUGAGUUACCAAUCUUCUGGGGAGUCGUUGAGAAAGAAGCUUCCGGGAAAUAUGAUUGGUCAGGCUACUUGGCAGUUGCAGAGAUUGUUAAGAAGGUCGGACUCAAGCUCCACGCUUCGCUCUCUUUCCACGGAUCGAAACAAACGGAUAUUGGUCUCCCUGACUGGGUGGCUGAGAUCGGCGAAGCUGUACCAGGGGUCUAUUUUACAGACAGAUAUGGACAACAGUACAAAGAUUGUUUGUCGUUUGCAGUUGAUGAUGUUCCUGUUCUUGAUGGUAAGACACCUAUGGAGGUUUACAGAGGUUUCUGUGAGAGCUUCAAGACUGUUUUCUCAGAUUAUAUGGGCAACACUAUCACGGGAAUCACAUUAGGUUUGGGACCAGAUGGUGAGCUAAGAUACCCUUCUCACCAACACGAUGCCAAGCGCUCUGGCGCAGGAGAAUUCCAGUGUUAUGACAAACACAUGCUCUCCGCUCUCAAAAGCUACGCCGAAUCCUCAGGAAACCCUCUAUGGGGACUUGGUGGUCCACAUGAUGCUCCUGCUUAUGAUCAACAGCCUCAUUCCUCUGCCUUCUUCUCAGAUGGCGGGUCCUGGGAAACUCAGUACGGUGAAUUCUUCUUGUCUUGGUACUCGUCUCUUCUCACCUCCCAUGCAGACCGUGUCCUCUCUGUUGCUUCAUCUGCAUUUAGCGGGAUUGGAGUGCCUCUAUGUGGGAAGCUACCUCUCCUACACCAAUGGAACAAGCUAAGAUCUCAGCCUUCUGAGUUAACAGCUGGAUUCUACAGCCCUAAUGGUCAAGACAGGUACGAAGCCAUCACAGAGAUCUUCGCAAAGAACUCUUGUAGAAUGAUAAUACCGGGAAUGGAUCUAUCCGACGAGCAUCAGUCACCUCUCUCGAGCCCCGAGUCAUUACUCGCCCACCUCAAAACAUCCUGCAAGAAACAAGGAGUGGUUGUUUCAGGGCAAAACUCAUCCGCCCCGGCUCCUGGUGGGUUCGAGAGAAUCGUUGAGAAUCUGAAGGAUGAGAAUGCAGGAAUUGAUCUGUUCACUUACCAGAGAAUGGGAGCCCUUUUCUUCUCCCCAGAGCAUUUCCAUGAUUUCACAGUCUUUGUCCGGAACCUGAGCCAAUUCGAGUUGUCCUCAGACGAUCAAGCAGCAGAGGUUGAAACCAACACAGUGAACAUAGGUUCGGGUACUGGUGCACCUAGUUUGCAAGCCGCUUGAUGAAGAUGCAAUAUGUAAAUAAAAGAAUAGUCUCAUGUUGUUUUAGCAUUUAUAUAGAUUUUGUCCUUACUGUAAAAUUAUUUGCCACCA